CUCCCUUCCACCCAUCAGCCCAAGUCCAGCCUCCUGCCCAUUCGGUCCAGGGUCGCAGAACCUCUCGGACACGUCCCAGAGAGCUGCGUGCUUACUGCAGCGGAGAGCGGAGGAACACACCGCGGGGCGGAGGGAUACAGAGAGCCGAGGGACGACCCCCGCAGAAAAACAGCGAUACGGAGAAACACUCCGAGAGAAGAGCAAAAAAUCUGAUGGUCUUCUGCACCUGAAACCUGCAGUGAUCUCCAGCCAUGAGUCCCCGCUGCAGAGUUAACUUCAACACUAUGAUUCUCCUGGUUGUCCUGCAAGGGGCAGCAGUGGUAAUGUUCUGCAACUGGUACAUCCAGUUAAGCCCCUGUGACUCUGUUCCCCCUAAAGGCAAAAUUCAUGUGUUGCUGCUGUCGUCAUGGCGAUCAGGUUCAUCCUUCCUGGGUCAGGCUUUCAGUCAGCACCCAUCUGUUUUCUAUCUCAUGGAGCCCGGUUGGCACGUGUGGACCAAACUGCAGAAACCUGGUGCACGAGUUCUCCGUAUGGCUGUGAGGGAUCUGAUGCGGAGCUUGUACCAGUGUGACUUCUCAGUAAUGGAUGCCUACAUGCCAGAAAACUACAAUGUUUCCACCUUGUUCAUGUGGUACCAGAGUCGGGCGCUGUGCUCGCCCCCAGCCUGCCCCCUCACACCACGCACACAGAUAAGCAAUGAGACUCAGUGCCAAAAAAAAUGUGAUUCUUCAGGUUUUCAGAAGGUGGAGGAGGCAUGUCACACUUACAGUCAUGUGGUUAUAAAAGAAACUAGAUUUUUUGAGCUGGAGUCUCUUUAUCCUCUUCUGCAAGAUCCCAACCUGGACCUCCGCAUCAUUCACCUCAUUAGAGACCCCCGGGCCGUGAUGCGGUCGAGAGAGGAAUCAGCCAAAGCCUUUGACCGAGAUAACGCCAUUGUCCUGGAGCAGAGAAACGUUCCAGCAGCCAACGUGCAGUAUGAAGUCAUGCAGGAGAUUUGCAGGAGCCAUGUUCGGAUCAAUGAAAGGGCGAUGCAGAAGCCUCCUCCGUUUCUGAAGGGUCGCUACAAAAUGAUCCGGUAUGAAGACGUUGCACGCAACCCUUUGAAGGAGAUCAAUGAUAUUUAUGACUUUGUAGGUUUAGAGAUGACCGAUGAGAUGGAGGAAUGGAUCUACAGAGUAACCCACGGAAAGGGGAAAGGCAGCAGGAAAGAGGCUUUUCAGAUCACCUCUAGGAAUGCUGCUGAUGUCUCCCAGGCAUGGCGCACCUCGCUUCCCUAUAACAAGGUCAAACGCGUUCAGGAGAUUUGUAAAGGGGCCAUGUCAAGGCUCGGUUAUAGGACUGUUGACAGCGAUAAAGAGCAGAAGAGACUGGACAUAGAUCUGCUGGUUCCACAGGAACCAUAUGAGUUCAGCUGGGUUCCUGCUAAAACUCAACUCUCAGGAAACAGCUAGAGUCUGUCAGUUAGAUCAUUGCCAGACUAGUUAACAGAUCUGCUCCCUGUUUCAGCAACAGAGGCCACAAACUUGAACAAGGGAACACACUGAUCGAGCAGCAAACACUGCUGUCACAGUCACCGUUAAAGCAGGACUUUGUGGAAUGCUGACCUUUCAGAAUGUAGAGAACCUAAAGCUAUAAUGCAUGACAGUAUAGUUUGUGUGAGUGUGUCAGUGGAGAUAGCCAGCAGCAGUUUUGUCUUGCUCCUGGAAACCUCUAUAAACACUCAAUUAGCUCUAUAGGAUUUACAAUAUAUCUCAUUUUACAGAACUUAUGGGAGGAUGUUAUCAUCACUCAUAGAUUCUCUUCAUUUGCCUUGAGAAGUCACAAUUAAUCUUUCAGACAGCCUAGAUGGAGACAUGAAGCAGACAGAGCUUAUUUACAUUAGUCUUCAUUUCUUUUAUACAAUUUAAAGUCUGAUGAAUUAAUCUCUCCCCAGUGUUCUUUAACAGCAAGUGGAGAUUAAGCUUUAGCAUUUUUUUAAAAAUAAGGGACCUACAAAGAUGUAAAAAUAGAAACAUGGCCCAUACAUUAUAUUUUUUUAUUUGUCCCUUAAAUAUCUUUUUUCUCAAUUCCUGGGGGUUUUCUGUGAUGGAAACAUGAAAUGCCGCAGAACUUUUAAGUGAAGGGAAAGUGAUGCAGGAUUUGCAGCAUUUAUUUGAUGGGAGAGUUGUUGUAGAUGUUGAUAGCUGUAGGCAGGAAGGAUAUUCUCUUCCAGAUCUGGAGAAGCCUCUGAAUGAAGACAAGUUGAUGUUAUUUAAAAAUCUUCUGAAGAGGAUGCUCCUUGUU